GAGUAUUCUUGAGGGUAUUAGAAAAACAAAUUAAGCAAGUCCCAUAUACAUAAAUAUAUAUAUAAAUAUAUAUAUUAAAAUCUAUAAUGGCUGCAUUAGUGUUCACUGUAAGUAGUAUUAUUAGGUGGAAUAGUAAUAAUAAUAAUAAUAAUACCUUCACUAGAUCUGUGAAAUCAUGUUUAAGUUCAAAUUACCAUAAUAAUAAUAAUAUUAUUCAUAAUAAAACUGUAUUAAUGUCCACCAAUAAUAAUAAUAAUAAUAAUAAUAAUAAUAAUAAUAAUAAUAAUAAUAAUAAUAAUAAUAAUAAUAAUAAUAAUAAUAAUAAUAAUAAUAAUAAUAAUAAUAAUAAUAAUAAUAAUAAUAAUAAUCAGAAGAAUAGUUCUCGAAGAUCAGCAAACUAUCAACCCCCACUUUGGCAAUUUGAUUAUGUACAAUCACUUUCUACUCCUUUCAAGGAUGAAGCAUAUGUCAAAAGAGUUGAGAAACUAAAGGAAGAAGUAAGAGUGAUGGUGAAGAGAGCAAAAGAGGAUGAAAUUAAUAAUAUAUUGAAAGAUAUAUAUAAUAAUAAUAAUAAUAAUAAUAAUAAUAAUAUUAAUAAUAAUAAUAAUAAUAAUAAUAAUAAUGUGUAUGCCAAUUCUCUUGAAUUUAGACUCCUACGACAACAUGGUUAUCCGGUGUCUCAAGAAAUUUUUAGUACGUGCAAAGAUGAAAGAGGCAAUUUUAUGGUGUCUACCAAUGAUAUCAAAGGAAUGUUAUCUUUAUAUGAAGCUUCAUUCUAUUUGGUAGAAAAUGAAGAUGGUAUUUUGGAAGAGACAAGACAAACAACAAAGAAAUAUCUUGAGGAAUACAUAAUCAUGAUCAUGGAAAAACAACAAUCAUUAUUAGAUCAAAAUAAUAAUAAUGAUUAUGAUUAUGAUUAUGAACUAGUAAGCCAUGCAUUAGAACUUCCACUUCAUUGGAGAAUGUUAAGAUUGGAGAGUAGGUGGUUUAUUGAUGUGUAUGAGAAGAGACUAGACAUGAACCCUACUCUACUUAUGUUAGCUAAGCUAGAUUUCAACAUUGUCCAAUCAAUAUACCAAGAUGAUCUUAAACAUGUCUUCAGCUGGUGGGAAAGCACUGAUAUGGGAAAGAAGUUGGAAUUUGCAAGAGAUAGAACAAUGGUGAAUUUCUUAUGGACUGUAGGAGUUGCAUUUGAGCCACAUUACAAAAGUUUUAGAAGAAUGAGUACAAAAGUAAAUGCUUUAAUAACAGUAAUAGAUGACAUAUAUGAUGUUUAUGGUACACUAGAUGAAUUGGAGCUCUUCACUAAUGCAGUUGAGAGAUGGGAUAUUAGUGCUAUGGAUGGGCUCCCUGAGUAUAUGAAGACAUGUUUUCUUGCUUUAUACAAUUUCAUAAAUGAUCUUCCAUUUGAUGUGUUAAAAGGAGAAGAAGGCCUCCAUAUAAUAAAAUUCCUUCAGAAAUCGUGGGCAGAUCUUUGCAAAUCUUAUUUAAGAGAAGCAAGAUGGUAUUAUAAUGGAUACACACCAAGCUUUGAAGAGUACAUUGAGAAUGCAUGGAUAUCAAUAUCAGGACCUGUUAUACUAUCACAUUUAUACUUUUUUGUAGUGAAUCCAAUCAAGGAAGAUACCUUAUUAAGUACUUGCUUUGAUGGAUACCCUACCAUAAUACGACAUUCAUCGAUGAUUUUACGACUUACAGAUGAUCUGGGAACUUCAACGGAUGAAUUGAAAAGAGGCGAUGUUCCCAAAUCAAUCCAAUGCAAAAUGUAUGAAGACGGUAUAUCUGAAGAGGAAGCUCGUCAACGUAUUAAGUUAUUAAUAAGUGAAACAUGGAAGCUUAUUAAUAAAGAUUACAUAAAUUUGGAUGAUGAUGAUGGUGAUGACUACUCUCCAAUGUUCUAUAAGUCUAAUAAUAUUAAUAAGGCUUUCAUUGAAAUGUGUUUAAACCUUGGUAGAAUGGCACAUUGCAUUUAUCAAUAUGGAGAUGGACAUGGAAUUCAAGAUCGCCAUACAAAAGAUCAUGUACUAUCAUUACUUAUUCACCCUGUUCCUCUUACCCAAUAGGAACAACUUCAAAUCAACCUUAUUGUUGGUUCUAAAUGUUUUAUUGUCUUUGGUGAUAGCAGGGCCGGUCCUGAAACAAAGUGGGCCAUAGGGAAAAAAAAAAUUUUGGGCCCUUAGGUUAGAAAAAAUGUGGUAUUUUUCAAAAUUGGUAAAAAAAUGUAUAAUUUUAAAAAAGUGAAAAAAAUUUUGGGCCCCUGGACUGGGUGGGCCCUAGGCACAGGCCUAGCCCGCCUAUGCCCAGGGCCGGGCCUGGGUGAUAGAUAUACUCAUCAAAAUUUGAAAUAUUAUAUGUGUAUUUUACAUUGUGAUUUUCAAUAAAAUAAAUAUCCAUGUGAUAUAUGUAUUUUUAUAUUUA